GAAAGUGUUUUAAGUGCAACCCCAUAAUGAGCAUCGUGAAGAUAGGAGAAUAAAAAGGGGGGGGGAAGAAGUUUAGCUUCUCGAUUACGAAUCGAUGAUUAAGAUAAGGCUAAACUGUUACUACUGUAGGUAGGUAAGAGAAAAAAAAAAGGAAGGAAAAAAAAGAUAGGCAUCGAGUUAUGUUAUCGCAAUUGAAGGAAUCCAGUUUCAGCAUUCCAUUUGCAAGAUUACAUUCAGACAGCGCAAGCAACCUUACCUAUAAGCAUCUAUCUAAUAGACACUGAGGUGUGCGUACAUUUUCCAGAGAAGGGUUUCAUCGAUCAAAAAGUAGCAUUCCCCCUAAUUGAUCAAUCAAUCAAUCACGCGAACGCAUAUCAUAUCCAAUAUGUGCAACACGCCGCUCCACGCCUUCCUCGCGGCUCUCCCCAAAGCCGAGCACCACAUGCACCUGGAAGGCUCCCUCGAGCCGGAACUCCUCUUUGAGCUGGCCGCCAAGAACCGCAUCACGCUGCCCUUGUCCAGCGACGCGGCCUUCGCCUCGCCAGCGUCGCUACGCGCGCGCUACGAGGCCUUCCAGAACCUCGACGACUUUCUUGGCUACUACUACAUCGGCAUGUCCGUUCUCGUCGACGCCGCCGACUUCGAGGCCCUCGCGUACGCGUACUUCGCCAAGGCCGCCUCCCAGGGCGUCCGCCACGCCGAGGUCUUCUUCGACCCCCAGGCCCACACGGACCGCGGCGUCGAGCUCGCCACCAUCGUCGGCAGCGUGAGGAAGGCCCAGGACAGGGCCGAGGCGGACUUCGGCCUGAGCUCGGAGCUCAUCAUGUGUCUGCUGCGCCACCUGCCCCUUUCCAGCGCCCUGGAGACGUUCAAGCACGCGAACGACGCGGGCUACUUCAAGGACGGCACGCUUGCGGCGAUAGGCAUGGAUUCGUCCGAGAAGCCGUUCCCGCCGCCGCUGUGGAAGGAUCUCUUCGCUGCGGCGGAGGGGCUGGGCAUUCGCCGGACCAUCCACGCCGGAGAGGAGGGGCCGCCGCUCUACGUCACGCAGUCCCUCGACGUGCUGCAUGCGCAGCGCAUAGACCACGGCGUCCGCGCCCUGACGGAAGGCGACGACGCGUUGGUCGCGCGGCUGGUCGCUUCCAAGACGCUGCUGACCAUGUGCCCGAUAUCGAACGUGAAGCUGAACUGCAUCCCGUCGAUUGCUGCGUUCCCGCUCAGAAGGCUUAUUGAGACCGGAGUGAGGUUCAGCAUCAACAGCGAUGACCCGGCUUACUUUGGGGGUUACAUACUUGAGAACUACUGCGCACUUCAGGAUGUGUUUGACUUGAGUGUUAGGGAAUGGGAGACUAUUGCGAAGGGCUCUAUUGCGGGAAGUUGGUGUUCUGAGGAGAGAAAGGCCCAGUUGUUCUUGGAGAUUGAUGAUGUUGUCCAUGCAUAUGUGAUGGAAAAUGAAGAGCAAUAGAUUAGCUGAAGAAGUUUAAAUAGUAAUUGAACCUACUUGUUCGAUACCACCAGGAUUAGUGGAUGACUAGAAGAUUCUCAAA